AUGGUGGCGAUCCAGAACUCGCAGAAGUACGAUCGACAGCUGAGGAUAUGGGGCGAGCACGGGCAGAGGGCGUUAGAGCAGGCGCGCGUGUGCCUGCUGACAGCAGGCCCCACGGGCACGGAAGCUUUAAAGAACCUGGUGCUGGGGGGGAUAGGCUCCUUCACUGUCGUGGAUGGCGCCACUGUAGAAGCCCACGACCUGGGCAACAACUACUUCUUGGACCGCACCCACCUGGGCACAUCGCGAGCGCAGGCGGUGACAGCGCUGCUGCAGGAGCUGAACGAGAGUGUGGCGGCGAGGUUCGUGGAGGAAAGCCCUGCCACUCUCAUUCAAGACAACGCCACCUUCUUCAGCGAGUUCACCCUCGUCAUCGCCACCCAGCUACCGGAGUCAGUACUGCUACAGCUGGAAUCGGUGUGUCGGCAGCACGGCUGUCAGCUCAUAGUGGCGCGCUCCUACGGCCUCAUGGGUCUUAUCCACAUUUCGGCCCCAGAGCACUGUGUGGUGGAGGCAAAGCCAGACAACACGGUGGAUGACCUGAGGCUGCACAAGCCGUGGAAGGAGCUCAAAGAGUUCGCAGAGGGCUUUGAUCUGGGCAUGGAGGACCCGAUGCUGCACAAGCACAUCCCAUACGCUGUCAUCCUGCUGCAGGCAGCGCAGCAGUGGCAGCAGGGCGGAGGGAGGGGGGAGGCCGGGGAAGCAGGAGCCAGAGGAGCAGCAGGAGGGGAAGAGGCCGCGCCGGUGGCGAUGCAAGCAGAUGGGGAGGGGCAGGGAGGGGCGGGUGAGCCGCGAGCGCUGCCGCGUAGUGCGAAAGAACGGUCGGAGUUCAAGGCGUUGAUCUCAGCGCACCAGAGGCACAUGGACGAGGACAACUUCAAAGAGGCCCUCGCUGCCGCCUACAAAGUGUGGUCGCCUCCCCCCAUAGGUUCGGAGCUGCAGGGCAUGUUCUCCGAUCCAGCCAUGCUGCUUUCACAUGCCUCCUCGGACUUCUGGGUGCUUGCUGCUGCACUCAAGCUGUUUGUGGAGAAGGAGGGGGAGGGGGAUCUGCCUGUUGAUGGAUCCAUCCCAGACAUGCACUCGCUCACAGAUUUCUACGUGGCACUUCAGAGAAUCUACCUCAGCAAGGCGGAUGCUGACGUGGCAGCGGUGCAGCGACACGUCAGCGAGCUGCUGAAGAGCAUAGGCAGGGAUCCCGCCUCCAUUCCCCUCGCUACAAUCAAGCUCUUCUGCAAGAACGCACGGAACCUGAGGGUGGUUCGCUUCAAGCCUUUGAGUGAGGAAUUUGGAGCAGGUGCACCUGCUUGCAUUCCAACACUGCAGCGGCUCAUGUCAUCUCCGGAUGGCAGCCAUGCAGCUCUGUAUGUGCUCCUGAGAGCCGCCGAUCACUUCUACUCCCAGUUCCACCGCUACCCCGGCUCUUUCCCCGGUGACGUGGACGACGAUGACGUGGCACGGCUCAAGAGCCUGGCAGGGGCUAUUGUCAGUGGAGGCGGCAGUCCCAGCCAGUCACCGUCGAUUCCGGACGAUAUGACGGCUGAGAUGUGCCGGUUUGGUGCCAGUGAGCUCCACUGUGUUGCUGCUGUGAUUGGAGGGGUGGCAAGCCAAGAAGCAAUCAAGCUCAUUACCAAGCAGUUCGUUUCGGUCUCUGGCACAUUGAUUUACAACGGGAUUUCUCAAUCAUCUUCAGUUAUCAAUUUCAAAUAG